CCGAAAACGAUGGGUUUGGCCAACUUUUUACUUCUGUCUAUGGAGUCGUCUUGUAUAAGAUUGCGGUAAAGCCUGAGGAGGACUUCCCAGAAUGCAAAUUAUGGGCGCAAUGUUUGGGUUGACAUGGAGCCAGCAAGGAAUUCUGGGAGAUUUCAGCUGUGAAGCCUGCAGAAUUAGUCCUGUACCUCUGGAAUAUGAUACAGCCUGUAUCUCAGUAUCGGUGUGCGGGGAUGUGGUGGAUGUUUAUCAGAGGGAGUUCCUGGCCCUCAGGGAUCGACUGCACGCUGCUGAACAAGAGAACCUGAAACGUUCCAAGGAACUGAACCUGGUUCUAGAUGAGAUCAAAAGGGCCAUAUCCGAAAAACAAGCCUUACGAGACAUCAACCGGACAUGGAGCAGCUUAUCUGAUGAAACCAAGCUGAAACUGUGGAAUAUCACAAACAAGAAUGUGCUACAUUUACCCACCAUCUUCCACCAUCUCCCCCAUCUUCUGUCCAAGGAGAACAGCCUGCAGCCAGCAAUACACGUGGGUCAAGGGCGGACUGGAGUGUCUAUAGUAAUGGGGAUCCCCAGCGUGAAGAGAGAAGUUCACUCGUAUCUGACAGACACCCUCAACUCUUUGAUUUCUGAACUGAACCAACAAGAGAAGGAAGACUGCGUGAUUGUGGUCCUAAUUGCCGAGACCGAUGCACAGUAUGCGACCACAGUGGCUGACAACAUAAAAAGCCUGUUCCCAAAUGAAAUCCAGUCAGGCCUUCUAGAAGUUAUAUCUCCAUCACCCAAUUUUUAUCCAGAUUUCUCACGGCUACGAGAAUCUUUUGGAGACCCGAGAGAACGUGUGAGGUGGAGGACGAAACAAAACCUGGAUUAUUGUUUCUUAAUGAUGUAUGCUCAGUCAAAAGGCACUUACUAUGUGCAGCUGGAAGAUGACAUUGUGGCCAAACCCAACUAUCUCAGCACAAUGAAGAAUUUUGCCCUUCAGCAGCCUUCUGAGGAGUGGAUGAUUCUCGAAUUCUCCCAACUUGGCUUCAUCGGAAAGCUCUUCAAGUCUCUGGACCUCAGCCUGAUUGUCGAGUUUAUCCUCAUGUUUUACAAAGACAAGCCUAUCGACUGGCUGCUGGACCACAUCCUGUGGGUGAAAGUGUGCAAUCCAGAGAAGGAUGCCAAGCACUGCGAUAGACAAAAGGCCAACCUCAGGACGUUCAAACCCUCUCUAUUCCAACAUGUAGGGACCCAUUCUUCUCUAGCAGGAAAAAUACAGAAAUUAAAGGACAAAGACUUUGGUAAACAAGCUCUCCGCAAAGAACAUGUGAAUCCUGCCGCUGAAGUCAGCACCAGCUUAAAAACGUACCAACAUUUCACCUUGGAGAAGGCUUACCUGAGAGAAGAUUUCUUUUGGGCAUUCACACCAACUGCAGGAGACUUUGUACGCUUUAGGUUCUUCAAACCUUUACGGGUGGAAAGGUAUUUUUUCCGAAGUGGGAACAUCGAGCACCCUGAAGAUAAGCUUUAUAACACCACCGUGGAGAUCCUGCCUUUUGAUAGCCUUCAGUCAGACAAAGAAGCUUUACAUGAAGGACGGGGUAAACCUUCUAAAUACCAUCGUACACCGGAUGGAUACUUUCAAAUAGGAUCAUUCAAUAAGGGCAUAGCUGAAGGAGAAGUGGAUUCUUCUUUUGGGCCACUAGAGGCGCUGCGUCUCUCUAUUCAGACAGAUUCUCCAGUGUGGGUCAUUUUAAGUGAGAUAUUUAUUAAAAAAGCUGACUGAUCAACGGACCAAGAGGUCAAUUAAUUAGGCCCCUUGAACUGUUUGUGCUGCUCUGCCCUCAUUCCUCCCUUGUAGCUCCGCUAUCAUGGGAGUGCUGCUCAAGGUCAGUCUUGGACAGAAGCAGAUACAUUUUCCAUAUUACCCUACAAGUGCAACUGGAGAAGUGCUAAUGUGAUGCCCAAUCAAUCGGGACUCCGAGAAUGCUCCGCUGCUCAUGAGGAAUCUGUCUUCAGUCAGGCCGAUUUUCACCACGUCCACUAAUGGUGAUCAGAGACCAAAUGAAGCCUUUGCUAUUGGCCAACUUUUACCCAGUCUUUGAGGGGGAAUUUUCUAAAUCAGUUGUCCUCCACGGAAAGCACAAUAUUAGUAAACGAUGGACACCAAAGCAUUGCUUUCUGCAUUGGAUGUACGUGUCGAUGUGUACUCAUGUGCCGAUGGAUUGAGAGGGGGUAUACUGUAUACACAUACUACAUAUCGCCUAAUUUCUCUAUUACCAGCUCAUUUGUUGGAUUCAGGCUCAUGCCUGUUGGGCUCUUUCAGAGUUUAAUUUGUUUUUUUUAAUAUAACCUUUGUUGACUACUUUUUUUGUUUCUCAUUUAGAGAUUGUGCUCAUGUCAAUUAAAUGUAAAAUUACAUUUAACAAGGUAUAUCAGAAAUACUCUCAGGAGUUGUAUCUUUUACCUGCUUUUACAUUUGCAUGUAAAGGGAGGAACCUGGUCUCUCUUGAAUGCCCACUAUCCAGGUAGUUCCAUAUGGACUAUGGUGAUCCAUAAGUGUGGUUGCUUUGCCUAUAAUGGUAAGGAGAAUUCUGUAUAAAGGGCAUCCAAGGGCAAUGCCUUGUUGUCAAUGCUACAAAGUAGACAAAAAUAUACAAGGCUUUAUCCAGUGCAUCUACAAUUAGAAAUUAAGGAAGGUCUUGACUAAAUAUUUGGUAUAAUUUGGUGUCAACAGCUCCUAUGCAUAUUUGUUCAUCUCAUUGGUAACAUACUAUGAAUAGUCUGUGUAGCGUCCUACUCCCAUAUUCUUUUCCAUCAAUGCCUUACUUCUUGCUAACCAGUCAAGUGUAAGAAGUAAAGGACAAAUGUAAGAUACUAUGACUGCAGACUAAGACUACAGAGCUUUUACUCGGUUACCAUGGAGACACAUAGGUCUGUAUAGGGCUGUAAACACACAAUAGAGGAAGAAAUUAAUCCGGAUUUGCAUAGAUUUCAUUUUAGAUGCACUGUAACAAUAAAACAAUAGGUUGCACAUGUCGUCAUGACCUUUAAGGCAGGGGGUUUCCAGCAUCCAGGUCUCCAGCUUUGGCAUGCAAUGAGAAUUGUAGUUUUGCAGCAACUGAAGAGCCAUAUGUUGGAGGUCACCAUCUUUAGGGAAUCCAGUAAAUGUGCAAUGACCUGUACAAGUCACAAGCAACAGAAUAUGCACAAUAGAGUCACAUUAUUAUGACCACUUACUACUUUUGAGGUCAGCAGCUCAUGAAUUAGGUUUGGUGGGUAUAUAAGGUGUGCAAUAGUUUGUCUGCACACACAUAGCCAUCAUUGCUGUCAGGGGGGGAUUUAUCAGAGUUGCAAAAAGGGAUGAUUAUUGGCUUUUGGGGCAAGAGUAGCAGUAGUUCCAGAACUGCGCAGUUUGAGAACUGUUCACGCGCUGCUGUGGUGAAAGUGUAUCGUGAGUGGACAAAUGGCACCAUUGCGAAUAAGCAACAUGAAAACUGUGGAGCACCAUGUGCCAUUGGUAUGAGAAGUGAACAUCAGCUACGUAGGUGGGGCAGGAGGUCAUACAGACACGCUACAGUGAAGCAGCUCACUGCCAAAAUGAACCAGUAGGCUUCCAAACGUGUGUCUAAAAAAAUAGUUCAGUGAACCCUACUGUAUGUGGCGCUCUGAAGCAAACAGAUGGUCACUACAUCUCUGGUAAUGAAGUUAUAGGAAUUAGACCACUACUGAUUGGCAAAAAGUUGCCUUCUCCGACAAGUCAUAUUUUAUGCUUCAUCGAAUGAAUGGAUGUUGGCGUGUCAGUGGAGAAACAUCAGGGAACAAAUACCCUGCAACCGUUGCUGGAAGAACACAAGCUGGUGGUGGCAGCAUUAUGGUCUGGGAAUGUUUUUGUAGCAUUUUCUGGGCCCACUCAUCCAUGUGGAAGUCAUUCUCAGCUGGUUAGGGUAUUAAUCCAUCCUUGCAGAUCAAGUACACCCAUACAUGCUGAUUGUAUUCCCUGGAGCAGAUGGAAUCUUCCAGAAAGACAAUGUAACAUGCCACAUGGCUAGAAAUGUUCGACAUUGGUUGGAUGAGCAUGACCAGACUUCCAAGUACUACCCUGGCCUCCUAAUUCCCCAGAAUUGAACACUAUUGAACAUCUGUGGGACCACUUUGAUCGUCGUGUUCACUCUAUGGAUCCUUCCCCAUGCACCCUCCAGCAGCUGUGGGAUGCACUGCAGUCAGUAUAGCUCCAGAUACCGGUGACAAGCUACCAGGACCUUUUUGAGUCAUUCCCAGACUGUCUAGCUGCUGUCUGUGCUGCACACCACAGUUACUCUGGAUAUUAGCUAGUGGUCAUAAUAAUGUGACUCGACUGUGUAGUAGCUGCUUGAGGGGACAUUGUACAGUGUGUAUCCAUACAACAUGACAGUAUUUACCCUGCUACUAGAAGACAUCAAGUAGCCCAAAGUAGUUCCAUGAUCGGAUCUAUUAUUUCUCAGUUCUUCUAGAGGAAUGUUCAUGGGACAAAAAUACUACUGUAGCAGUUGGCAGAUUUUUUUUGUUCCAUUAUUACUCAAUUUCUGCAACAAAAAAAAAUCUAUUCCUACUCUUGAGUAAAUGUUUCUGUAUAUUUUGAUCUGUGCAUUUUUCCAGAAUCGCUUUUAUUUUCUGAACCAUUCAAAUAUUUUUCUUGCCUACUGUUUAAUAAAAUUGCCAUAAAGUCCCACUUUCUCUGUUCUAUACACUGGGAUAUGUUAUAAAACAAUUGUCGUCAUUUGUAUUUUUUAUUGAUUUCUUGAAUACAUCUCUAAAAAUAAAAUUAAUUGUGCACUGUUACUAUCUGGA